CUUCAUUUCAACCCGUCAUUUGAUUGCAACAUUGCUUGAAAAAAAUACUCAUCCGAGUAUUCAGAUCGGUUUCCAUUCGUUUUCUUCAAGCUGUCAAGCUGCUGAAAACACCUCGAAACAAUUGUAUGCACACGGCGUAUGUACUGCUUCGUGCCAUCACAGAUUUAGCUAUAUUCUUAUCUGCGUGAUCGCUUGGUUUCCAUUAUAUCUCCGACAGCAAUCGCCACUCCGUAAUAGCUUAAACACCCGACCCCCGAUAUCCCUCGAAAAUCUAGACACGCCAAAACGAUACACCAUACGCGACUGUCGAGAUUCCAGAACAACCGCCGAAAUGGACGAUAUCAAGCGAUACCCGACCCCUCGAGCCCUUCCGCUUGCAUCGUCGCGGAGGAGCCGGACCUUUGUCGCCUUGGCGGCCAUGGGCAUCGUCUCUUUCUUCUUCUUCGUCCACAUCCGUCCGCUCGCGGCACUGCACACGACGCCCGUUGUGACAACCCCGUUGAAGACGCACCCACAGCCACGGCCCGAGGCCGCCGUUGGGAAACAGCAGGCGGCACCUCUGGUGCCGCUUGAGGCGCACAUCAUGAGCAAGUGCCCGGACGCCCGGGAUUGCCUGAGGGAUAUGGUGCUGCCUGUGAUGCAGCGUGUGUAUGACAAGGUCAACUUCACCUUGUCGUUUAUCGGAACUCCCGAUGCCGACAGCGGAGUCGCAUGCAAGCAUGGUCCAGCUGAAUGCAUGGGAAACAUUAUCGAGCUAUGCGCCGCUGAUCUGUACCCCGAUCCCAAGACGUAUCUUGGAUUUACCAUGUGUAUUUCGAUGAAAUACUCUGACAUUCCCAAGCGGGAACUCAUCGAGUCGUGCGCACUUGAGCACGCCGUCGACUUCAAGGCACUCAAUGAUUGUGCAGCCAGAGACGACGGUGCAUACGGGACGGAUAUGUUACGCAACAGCGUCCAAAGGACAUCAAAGGCCGGUGUGAAGAUGAGCUGCACAGUCAGGCUGGAUGAGGAGAUCUACUGCAUCAGGGACGGAGGAGAGUGGGUUGAUUGUCCUAAGGGACCGGGUGUCCAGGAGCUGGUUGCGGCUAUUGAGCAGAAGUACUCGUCUUCGAAGUAGUCUCUCUUUUCAGCGGUUCAAAAAUUUCGGUCCACAACUCGCUCGCUUCUCCCAGUGUGUAGCCCAUCGACACUGAAUCCAUACCCGCGUCAUCGCCUCCGCUCAUGCUCUCAAGCUGCUCGAUGAUGCUCUCCAGACCCACCGCCUUGCCGGUGGCCUGCGUGGCUCCCGCCUCGAGCUGGACGUGCACGAUGUGUAUGUGGAAGUGGUAGUACGUCGGCUGGUAGUGAACAUACAGUUUGAGCUGGUCCUGCUCAAUCUCGGGGUACACCUCGGCGGUGGCGUCGAGAAACCUCUGCCGCAUGUGCCGCAGCCAGGGGACGUGCCUCUUUGUCAGGUCGCGCAGGCUCCAGAUGUCACGCCUCUCUACCAAACCCAGCAGGUGCAGCGCCUCGCGCGUCGACCGGUCCCAAUUCAGGUCGGGGAGCAGCAGGAAGCCCUCGUCCCCGGCCUCGCCCAGCGGCGUGCGGUAGAUGACGUCCUCGACCUCCUUGCGGCCCUCGAUGAUGUUGUACACCCAGCUCAACCUCCCGGCCUCUCGCUUGGACUGCAUAUAAGGGCGGACCCUAUCCCGGUAAACCUCGGGCGUCUCGACCACGAACCGCACCCCCUGCCGGCUGUACUUUUUCA